CUCACAAAUCGUUUUUGAGAGAUAUGACGUCUUUCCACUACCUACAGCACCAUACUUCUCCAGAUGCUGUGCAAGAAAAGGGUCAAAUUUUGCCAGGAGUUCCAGCACUCCAAGUGGUGGUCGACGGGUGUUGAGGCAGCCGUGACGUGCGGGGUGUGCUCGGAGCUCUACCUGGCUGGUGUGAGAGAGCCGCUGAUGCUUCCGUGCGGCCACACCUUCUGCUGCGUGUGUCUGGCGAGCGUGGGGGAGGAGAUGAAGGGUCUUACUUGUCCUACCUGCCGCAGUACACACCUCUCCCUCUCCUCCCAUCACCUCCCUGUCAACUACACCGUCCUUGACCUCUCUCAACAGUCCGGUGACCUGCAGGUAGAGGAGCAGCGAGGGUUAUGCAGCAGCCACGGGGAGCCGCUGUGUUACUGGUGUCGUGAGUGUGCUGUGCUGGUGUGUGGUCACUGCCUGCUCGACCAGCAUCUGAAGCAGGGCCACGACGUUCUGCACGCCGCAGACUUUGUCCUGGAGAGGAAAAGCUCCAUCCAGGCCCGCGUACAACACCUGCAGGCAGUGUUCAGAGACAGCAGAACCAGGACGAGGACGUGUCUCCACCACUGCCUAGUCCACCUCGUCUCGCUGUGUCAUGAGAGCAAGAACGUCUUCGACCUCGACGAUGAGCUGUUUAGAAUCUCUUCAGAAGCAAAGAACUUGAGAGACGUGGAGGCCGUGUUGAUCUCCGAGACCCGACUGAGGAGCCUUCAUCGCCGGGGGACGUCCCCGGCCCUGGGCCUCCACAAGACGCCAGUUAAAAAAUCCCUUGAAACACGGGCUAGAGAUCCCUUAGGUGGUAGUGGUGCAGCUGGUGGCACUGUAGGUGAUAGUGGUGCAGCUGGUGGCACUGUAGGUGAUAGUGGUGCAGCUGGUGGCACUGUAGGUGAUAGUGGUGCAGCUGGUGGCACUGUAGGUGAUAGUGGUGCAGCUGGUGGCACUGUAGGUGAUAGUGGUGCAGCUGGUGGCACUGUAGGUGAUAGAGGUGCAGCUGGUGGCACUGUGCUGGUGGCAGCUGUAGGUGAUGUGAUGCAGCUGGUGGCGCUGUGGGUGGUAGUGGUGCAGCUGGUGACAGUAAAACCAGUCAUGGUGGUGACAGACGUGGUGAAGGCGUAG